ACUUAACUGAAAUUUUUAGACCGAAAUGUAAAGAGUAAAACGAAAUAGGGGUUCCGUAAAUUUUGCCGUCAAAAUUUUAAUUUUUGUGAAUAUUAAAUGUUAACAAAUUUAAAGUUUAGUAUAAUACCAUAGCAGAAAUAAUAAAUGUAGAAUAUAAUUCCGAUUCUUAUUAAUCUCGAUUAGCAUUAUUAAUUAAUGACUGUGGUCUUGAAAUUGGGUCAAUGUACUAAGGCUGAGACUGACACUAAACUGACCAAACCAAAGUGGAGGCGGCUUGUAGUAUUGUUUGUUUCGUGAGAAACGUAAACAAGUUUUAUUUCUCUUACGUACGUAGGUGUUAAAAUUUAUAUAUGAAAUGAGAAAGAGAGAAAGAGUGAAAUGGAUUAAAUAGAUCUAGCUUGAGAAAUGGAGGGAAUUAGUUCAUCAAUAUCAGAUAGGAAUAUAAUUGCAGUACUACCAAGAGAUCUAAGUGGUACUGCAGGUAGUGGUAGUGAUGGUGGAGAAGAAAGAGGAAAUGUAAUAAUAGUAAACAUUACUAGUACUAGUAGUGGAGAAAAAUGGUGGAAAAAAGUGUUAGAAGUGGAGGAAGCCAAACAACAGGUUUUGUUUUCACUGCCAUUGAUUCUCACCAAUGGUUUCUAUUAUUUGAUACCUCUCAUUUCGGUCAUGUUCGCCAGCCACCUUGGCCCUCUCCAGCUCGCAGGUGCUACUCUCGCCAAUUCAUGGGCCACUGUCACAGGCUAUGCUUUCUUGAUUGGGCUAAGUGGUGCUCUUGAGACCCUUUGUGGACAAGGAUUUGGUGCAAACUUAUACAGAAUGAUGGGCAUUCAUCUACAAGCCUCUUGUAUCACAUCAUUUCUCUUCUCCAUCCUCAUUUCGUUUGUAUGGUUCAACACUGAACCAAUAUUAGUUUUCCUUGGUCAAGAUCUUGAGAUUGCUGAGACUGCAGGCAUUUACACCAAGUUUCUGAUUCCUAGCAUAUUUGCUUUUGGUUAUAUACAAAAUAUUUUGAGGUUUCUUCAGACACAAUCAGUUGUUAGGCCUGCGGUUUUGUUAUCAGCAAUACCACUGGUGUUCCACAUUGGUAUUACAUAUUGUUUGGUCCAUUUAACACCUCUUGGCUUCAAAGGAGCUCCAAUAGCAACCUCAAUCACACUAUGGAUUUCUUUUUUUAUGCUGGCUGCAUAUGUCAUGUUGGCCAGGCAGUUUCAUCUAACAUGGCAAGGAUUUUCAACUGAAUCUUUCUCCUACAUCCUCACAAACUUGAAACUUUCCCUGCCCUCUGCAGCUAUGGUCUGCUUGGAAUACUGGGCUUUUGAGAUACUAGUGUUCCUAGCAGGACUGAUGCCAAACUCGAAAUCAACCACUUCUUUAAUAGCAAUAUGUGUAAACACAGAAACAAUUGCAUACAAUGUUACAUAUGGUCUAAGUGCUUCUGCCAGUACGAGGGUAUCGAAUGAAUUAGGAGGAGGCCAUCCAGAGCAAGCUAAGAGUGCAAUGGUGGUUUCCCUCAAGCUCUCUGUACUUCUUGCUACAAUAGUUGUAAUGGCUCUAGGAUUUGGGCACAACUUCUGGGCUGGUCUAUUCACUGAUAAUUCUGCAAUAAUAAAGUCAUUCGCUUCCAUGACACCCCUGCUUGCAAUAUCCAUAAUGCUCGAUUCUUUGCAGGGUGUUUUAUCAGGUGUGGCUAGAGGAUGCGGGUGGCAGCGCAUGGUUGUUUAUGUGAAUUUGAUAACAUUUUAUUUGGUUGGCGUGACUGUUGGGAGCCUCCUUGCAUUUAAAAUGAAACUAUAUGUUAAGGGAUUGUGGAUUGGCUUGAUCUGUGGCCUGGCAUGCCAAGCAGCCACACUUGUGUUGAUAACAAUGUGCACAAACUGGCACAUGAUUGCAGCAGUCGUUUAAUAGAGAGUAAAGAUGGAUAUAUUUAGUAUAUUUUCGUUACACUAAGAAGUUGUAACUUUAUUUAUACGAUGUAUGAUUCCCUUUAAAAAAAAAGGAAAAAGAAAGAAAAAAAACAUACGAUGUGUGAUUCCCUUUGGAAAAAAAAGAAACAUAUGAUGUAGGAUUUAGUUAAAGAAUUUUAGCUUCCAAUGUCAAAUUAAACAUGAAGUGAUUUAUUAUAUAGCUAGAACUUCUAAUAGCUAGCUGAUGGCAUGGCCAAAUUAAACAUGAAGAGGGUUCUUUACAUUAUUACAUAG